CCACGACCCAGCGCGACUGCAGCCGCGGACCAUGGGGAGGCGCCCGAACCAGCUGAUCCUCGAGUUUUUCGAGCGCGGCCCCAAGCUCGAGGAUGCCAGCAACCGCUACCAGCACACGUGCAAGUCGUGCGGCGAGAAGUUCCCCAAAGGCCGCAUAGACUCGCUCACAAACCACCUCGUCAAGAAAUGCCCUGCUCUUCCCCUUCGCGACCGGCAGCGCGCCCUGCUGCAGAUCCACGAGCUGCCCGACCUCCCCGCCCUCGCCCCGCCUGCGACGGGCCCCAUGCACGCCGCCCAGGCUAUGAACCUGCCCUUCUCGCCUUCCAAGCAGGGGCUGUCCGCGCUCGAGACACUGGCUGAGGUCUCGCGACAACACCUGAACCUGUCUGGCAAGCGAGCCGCGCCGAAGCAGCCCCAGGACCCGCCGGCCCAGCAGCAGCAGUCGCCGCAAUCACAGCAGCCCCACCACCACCACCACCUGCAACAGCAGCAUUCCCAAGCACACGUCGGGACCCUACAGGACCACCACCAGGGGCUGUUUGAGGAAUACUUGGUCCACGACGACCGUCCGGAGAGCGAUCUCAGCGCACUGUCCCAGGGCCUGGAUAUGCCGCAUGCGCCUGCCUUGCCGUCGAUAUACCAGUUCAACGGGCCACUGCACCACUCGCCGACGGGCUCGCCGCAUAUCGGUGGUAUGCCAAUGCCCAGCUCAGCGCCCAUGGCCCAGAUGGUCCCGUCUCUCGUCAUGGCAGCAUCCGCUGCGAACGACUUGCUUCCGCUCAACUCCGGUGGCCUCACGCUGGAGCCAGAGCUCAACAUGAACAUGAACAACCCUGCCAUGUCCGUCUUCCAGAAUCGCCCAGGCCAAUGGCACAACUCAAUCGACCCUCUGCUUCCAGAGCAAGCAAACACCAAACAGCACGUUGCCAUCGACGAGAAUGCUCCCAAAACCCCCUCGCAUCCUCGUCCAAUCGCAAUCAAUCCAAAUGGUACCCAGUCGCACUUUGGAACUGACUUCAGCGUCAGCCACAAGUCUGUCAAGCCAAAGGUGCGAGGUCGCUUCACCGACACACGCCGAAAAGAGGUCCAAGAGGUGCGCAAACGGGGUGCUUGCAUCCGAUGUCGCAUGCUCAAGAAGCCCUGCUCGGGAGACAAUCCUUGCAACACGUGCCAAAAUGUUGAAAGCGCACGCUUGUGGAAGCAGCCAUGCAUACGUACGCGGAUUGCCGACGAAUUCAACGUAUACUCUGCUGGUCUACACGCGGUACUUUCCUUCCACGCAGUUAGUCAGGCCAAGGGCCAAAUACGGCUCAAUCAGAUACCCGGUCGAAUAGAAGCGACUCACUACCCAGACUCCGGCAUUGUUGCUACUUUUACGCCGCUGAAGUGUCUCACACCCACCGACAUUGAUCCGGCUAUCCUUGCCGCCGUCACUGCCUCCUCCCUAGAGAUCAUUGAUACCGAGGACGACAUCAGCGGCAAACUGGACCUGUACGUCAAGCAGAUUGUACCUUCAUUUUUUGAAUCAGAAGACUCCACCUUCAUGAGAUCUACGAUAAACACAGCUUGUAGUGUCAACUCCACAAAUCAAGAUGGUCUUCUCACUAAAGCCCUGGAGCUAUGGAAUCUCACACGAAUACUCAACUCGCCCUCUUUGCACUGGCACUUCUUCUCAAAUCCCUCACUAGCCCCAACAAUGGCUCCGCCUACCAUUACUCCAUCGGACUUGGAGACGAUAAAUCGAACACCCAUCUCCAAAGCCCACAAUCAACUGUCUUACAACCUCAUCAAAUCACAACUGAUGGGUGCCACAGAAAAGCGCGCAGCAUGUCUAGCUCGGACUGUCAUGAACGAUCUCGAACGCCGUCUUCUCCAGCGCCAGCAGGCGAACCCAUUUGAGACCUUCCUCGUCGCUGUGGUGCUAUUGGCAUGUGUGGAGCGCAUGUGCUGGCUCUUCCGCACAUGGGAAGAACAGCAUGAACAAUCGUCAUCGAGCACGGGGAAUACAAACCAAACCUCUGCGGACGAAACCCUCGCGCAGUCUCAGCAGUCUUCCCUAGCAGAUGACUUCAGCCACUCCUACCGUAAUCCUAGGUGGCCGCUCGACAAGCCUCCCGCGUACUACUCGCAACAAGGCGAGCGCUUCAGUGACAUAUUGUUCAUGCUGUUGAAGAUGCGGAGUGUGCCGCCCAGACCUGAGCCAAGGUCUACUGAUGGUGUGUUGACUAUCUUUGGCGAAGCUGGGCACGAGCAGUCGCGCGAGUGGUACGAGGCCGUUGGUGUCACACAUGAGCUACUGGCUGAGAGACGGGACGCGCGCUUCGUGGGCGAGGAUCCGAAGGAAUGGGAGCUGAAGUAUGUUGGGAAGAUCAUCUCAGGGCUAUGACUAUAUCGUCACGCGGCUCGUCGAUGGCAACAGCGCAAUGAUUUUCAUGUUAUGGAGUAUCGCCACAACGGGCGGCUAUAUAGGUUUCUGAUCAUUGGAGGUUCACGGAAGGCACGAAACGACACGACUGGGCGGUGUACUGAUCUUACGAGCCAUGAGCGGAUGAUACCCACACCGGAAUACAUAUAUACAAAUGCAG